AGAAAAUGGAGUUACAUAAGGGACAAUGCUUCCAAACAGCAGCUGAAGCACAAGAAUUUAUUGCACAGUUUGCAAAAGCUCAUUGGCAUCCUCUGCGUCAAAGAAAUAGUGUAACAGUUGUGUCUUAUAAUAAGAAAGUUUCCCCUAAUAGCCAGCUCCCAUUAGAAAUCCAGUACCAGUCAUUAAACUGGGAGUGCAAGCAUUCUGGAGCAAUUAAAUCUCGAGGAAAAGGAAAGCGUCAGGUAGUCAUAAUAAAAAUAUUUUUCUUAAACUUAUCUUUGUCUUAUCAUAGUCUAACUCAUAUUUAAAUUUAAUCACAUGUGGUAUUUAAUGUCAUAAUAUGUGAUAAAAUAACCUUAGG